AUGAAUGAGCCCUUGGGCGGUGAUGGCUUGGUUGAGGGUGGGCUUCAAGGGGUCGAGCAGCUGCUUUUGUGGGAGGACCCCAAUCUGGCAGCUGGAGUGGCCACUCCUGCCCAGUUCAAAACUCUUGCGAGGACAAGCAGGGAAAGACUGGCGUCUUUUUUGGCCCUCAUGAGGAACGGUGAUAACAACAAUGACGUUGGUAAUGACGAUUGA